AUGGGACUGCUCACGCGCCGGCAACGGACUCAAAAUUUGGCUUAUCGUUCACCUCACCAAAAGCAAUAUCAUUUGGAUGCGAUGACAUGGCAUUGGGGAACUGAGCCCAUGAACGGUUCUGAACACACCAUCGGAGGUGUCGGCUACGCCGGCGAGCUGCAUCUGAUUCAUCGUAAUACUCGCUUUCCAACGAUGGAAUUGGCACUGAAACAACCAAAUGGAGUGCUGGCAAUUGCCAUAUUUCUCAAUAGGACUACUCACCAGAAAGAUAUUAUUAGAGGAAUCUCAGUGUACGAAGAGCCGGCAUCACUUGGGCCGUUUUAUUGA